AUGCCUGGUAGAAGAAACCAAGGCAGAGGCGGUCCAGGUGGCCGUGGAGGAAGAUCUGCGCAGCAGACUGGUCGAGGGUCUCACGGCAAGAAGGCCGACAGACCAAAGCAAUACCAUCCUCACAAUCCUGACUUCACUCGCGAGCAGGUAACAAUAUACUUGCUUGAGGCCAUCGCGCUCAAGAGCUUGGACUACGCUCAAGAUAUGAUCUGGAGUGUGAGAAAUAUGGCCCAUGUGGACUUUGAGGCUUUAAGAGGCACUCAAACGGUAUACAAGCCGGGAAAGAACGACUCCGAGUUCUUCAAAAGUUCGAGUCAGGCUCAACUUGAUAGGAACUGGGAAAACCUAAAUGUCAAGAUUGACAAACGAGAAAUGAUCUACACCACAAACCAAUAUACCGUGGCUGCGAUCAUCACCAAGCAUUUCAUCACUCAAGCGAUGAGAGAUAAGUUAAGCAAUGAAACUGAUUGGUUGGACCUCAAGGAAGACCAUGUGAUGCUUCUGAAGCGUAUCAAGACGUUCAUGACCAUCACAGACAAGACCGAGUGGCAACACUUUGGACUCAUGGAAUCUCUCAAGAGAUUCACAAACUGCACUCAGAAGCAAAAUGAGUCUGUGAACGAUUACAGAAGGCGGUUCGAAGCUCAAGCUGACCAAGUAUUCGAAAUCCUUGGCACAGAUGUGUUGCAUGUCUAUGCGACCAAAACAAUGGGAUACCUGGAUCUGGACGAUCCUGAGGCCGAUCCGGACAAUAUCAAGGUGCUCCAAGCCAAGUUCAAGAAAGAAGUUCUGGGCACAUUCAAAGCAAGUGCAUUUUUCUACAACUGCGACAGGUCUCGCUUCCAAAGCAUGUUGGACAAGGCGAAUCAGACCUACGCCAUGGAAUUCAAGGAAUACGAGCAAAGGAACGAGUAUCCGACUACGAUUGAUCAGGUCGCUAAAGCGCUGAUCAAACAUAAGCCGGACAAUAGAAAGAAAGGUCCGACAACACCGAGACCUACUCCAAGCGCACCCACUGCGAGCAGCAGUGCCCCGGACGGAGUGAGCAACGCACAGGCGGCUGCUCGAACGACAUCUUCACGACCGGCUUUUAGUUGCUGGUGUUGCGGAGAUACUGGGCAUGGUGUGACCCGUUGUCCCGAACGUUCCACACGCCCACAAGCGGAAUGGAGCGACCCAGGACGAUACAGCGACGCAUCUACUACUACUACUACUACUACUACUACUACUACUACUACUACUACUACUACUACUACAAGACGAGCGGGGAGAGCAAAUCUCCAAGUCCCUGCGACUGCAUCUGCAGUGCAGUCGGAUGCCGCGUCUAGUGUCACUGGAACGCAAUCAACUGGUCAACAACAUCGAAGCAAUAUGCAACGAGCUGUUGUUGACAGGAGUGGACAUAGCACUUCUGGUACUACGGAUGUACUCGGUUCUUAUGUG